AUGGGGACUUGGAGCCAUUACAACCACUUGGAGCCUCAGGCUGUCGAUUCCUCAUCUUCUGUCGUCCACGUCAAGAUACCCUCAUUGCUAGAGCUGAACUCUGAAUCGUAUGUCGCGACAGGAGUCUCCCGACGUAGUCCCCAAUCGUCACGGCCAAAGUACCAAGCUCAUCCAAUUUCGGGCCUGGUCUGUCGUCCGUUCGGUGUCUGUGAGCCAUGUCCAGCAGACGAGCUCGACCAACCGUUUUGCUUGCCAUUUGGCAAUCGCCGACUACUGCACUGUGUACCUGCGUCCGAAGCGCAGAACGGGGGCGAGGGAGAUGAUGGGAGGCAGACAUCGUCCGAGAUACCGGCUUGGGAAGCGUGUGGGAAAGUGAUAGCGCAAGAGCGGCGUGCCUUCCUGGAAUUCGUCUGCGCUAAUUUACUGCUUCUCAUGGUCGCCCUGGGUAUCUUAUGGGCACGAACGUCUGUUCUUGCAAAAGCGCAAUAUCGCCAACUUGCGGCUAGGAUAGGGUUUCCAGGAUCAUCUUGGCGAUCCUAG